AUGAGUACACAUUAUUACUGCGUGGAACUUACUGAAACGGACUUCAAAAAGAUAUUACCCAUGAACAAAAUUAAAUGGAAGUGUCCUACAUGCAAGGGUAAAAAGAAUACUAGUUCUCCUACAUCCAUCUCACCUAAAGGAGGAAUAAUAUCGUCAUCGGUUUUGAAUGUUGACACCGAGACUCUCACCCGAUACAUAGACACUAAAUUGGCGAGAUUCAGGCAGCAACUGCGUGAAGACAUCAGCUCGGCUGUUUUGGAAGUUUCUAAAGCACUUCGAGAUAAUAUUAACAAGCUCGAGCAGCGUAUGGACUCUUGGGAUGAACGGUUAUCGCAACUGGAGAGGGAUCACUCAUUUCAUUCAAAUGAAGCAUUAGGUAGUGAUAUGAAGGAAGAAAAUAACGCGCUUCGCACAGACCUACAUUUACUGACGACAAAGUUUGAUGAGCUCGACCAGGCUUCUCGUAGCUGUAACGUCGAGAUACAAAGCAUACCAGAGCGGAAAGGCGAAAAUCUAAUACAAUUGUCGUUAGAAAUUAGUAAGCUCCUAGGCGUCGAGUUGAAUCAUAGUGAUAUUAGGAACGUGCACCGCGUGACUCCAGGCCUACCCACGACCCGCCCCAAGAACAUUAUAUUGCAACUGACAACUCGACGGCAACGUGACGACCUAAUCGGUGCCGCGCGAUCGCGAAGGUCACUUACGACCGCUCAACUGUUUGGCACACCAACAAGUGCCGCCGCGGCCGUUUCCACCACCAAUUCCCGCUUCUUUAUAAACGAACACCUAACUCUUAAAAACAAAAUUCUUUUUAGUAAGACUCGCACAUUAGCUAAGGAGAAGGGUUAUAAAUAUGUAUGGGUAAGAAAUAGUAAUAUAUUACUACGUAAGAAAGAUGAUUCAAGGAUAAUUCAUGUGCGAUGCGUUGAUGAUUUAGCCAAAAUAUCAUGA